GGAAGAGGAAGUGGUUGCCAGCAAAGCAGAGGAGCUGAAACAGAGCUAGUUUGGUAACUAGCGACACUUUUAUAAACACGUUAUAUAUCUAUGGUGGUUCGAACAACUUCUUCAAACGGCUAGCCAGCUAGUUAGGCAGAUGGAGGUUCCGUCCUACCAGGCCAGGCUUCUCUCUGAGCUGGAUGAGCAGCGGAGGAGGGACUUCUUCUGCGACUGCAGCAUCCUGGUGGAAGGGCGGGUCUUCAAGGCACAUCGCAACAUCCUGUUUGCCAGCAGCGGCUACUUCCGUGCCUUAUUGGUCCACUACCUACAGGACAACGGUCAGGGCCACAGCACGGCCUCUCUGGACAUUGUGACGGCAGAGGCCUUCUCGUCCAUCUUGGACUUCCUGUACUCGGGCCGUCUGGGCCUCAGCAGCUCCAAUGUGAUAGAGGUGAUGUCAGCUGCCAGCUACCUCCAGAUGACAGACGUGGUCAGCUUCUGCAAGAGCUACAUCCGAUCCUCCCUGGAGAUCUGCUCCCGCCAGAGGGAGGAGGGGAAGGAGAGGGGCGGGGGAAGCGGGGAGGCUGAUAGUGGAACCCCUGCCCUCCCCCCUGCCCCCUCCACACUCCCCCCCUCCCCCCUGGGGCCCAUGGCAGCCCCCUCUCUGGGGCCCUGUGGGGGUCCUGUUGUGGUUUCAGAUGCGUCAAACUCUAUGCGGGCCCCCUUGGCGGCAGCCCCCUCCGCCACUGGCGCUGUCAGGGACUCUGAGAGCGAUGGCAGCCCCAGGAGGGAGUGCCUGUCUGUGGGUGGGCAGGGGCCCAGGGACCACUCCCAGCCCUCCUCCUCCUCCUCCACAUCCUCGGGGCUGUCGCUGGUGUUGGUGCACCCAAAGAUAGAAUACGAUCCGGACGAAGAGCUAACCCUAUCCUCUGACGAUAAAGACCUGUUCAGCAACGAAGCCCCUCAUCAUGACAGGCUGCUCCCCAGCAGCUCCAACCCCAGUGGUGAGCGCUCCACCCUGGGCUACAGUGGCUACCAUGCCCUGGGCCGAGAUGGAGGAGCCAGUCCCCACAGGGACAGAGGGGAACAAGGCCAGAUGCUUGCCCAGGGAAUAAGCUUUGGACCUGGGGCAGGCAGAGUGGACGAGGGCCCUGGUCUGGGGCCGUCCAGCAUGGAGAUCCACAGUGACUGGUAUGGAGAGGACACAGGUGACGGAGUGCUGGUGCCAGUGAAGCUCCACCGCUGUCCCUUCUGUCCGUACGCGGCCAAGCAGAAAGGCAUCCUGAAGAGACACGUGCGCUGCCACACUGGGGAGAGGCCCUUCCCCUGCCAGCUAUGUGGCAAGAGGUUCACCAGGCAGGAGCACCUCCGCAGCCACGCACUGAGUGUGCAUCGCUCCAGCUGGCCUGUGGUGUGUAAGGGCUGCAGGCGCUCCUUCAGCGGGGUGGUGUCCAGCGGCCUGAAGCGCUUUGGCCUGUGUGACAGCUGCACCUGCGUCUCCACCACCCACCAGGACACCGCCCACCUGGACCAAGCCCACCACACCAGCCAACCAGGAGACGGAGAGCACGGGGACGGGGACACGGAUUGGUCGAGUUUCAUGGAGGAUGUAGAGGAAGUGGAGGUUGGGGCCAAUAUGGAGGAGAGGCUGGAGGAGAGGAGGGGACUCCACACUGCACAGCUCCCUCUGGGGACAGGCAUGAUCUGAGUGACAGAAAGGGCCAAACCUUUUUCAGGGGUGUUCGUCAAGACCAGGGGUCUCCCACCCUGCGCCGGGAGAAAGACCCGCCUCUCCAGGAGCAGGGUUGGAGUGUAACCCUACAGGAGGGUAUCUCUCCAGGAGCAGGGUUGGAGUGUAACCCUA